GUGUUUCCAUUGGGUCAUCUUCUCGAUCCAGAAACCAUGGGAAUAUGGCUAUGGGUGGUGCCAGAGAAAUUCAAAGACAGCACAGGAAGAGAGUUUACAGUAGUUCUGAUGGAUUCUGAAGGCAUCGAUGCAGUUUCCAGCAAACAAUCUGAUGAUCACAGGAUCUUCACUUUGUCAGUUCUGUUGUCAUCCAUCAUGAUUUAUAACUCUGCUGGUGUGCCAAACAGAUCUGAUCUUGAAGGCUUGGACUUCAUUGUCAAAUUGUCCSAMCGCAUACAGCUGCACACCAAACAGCAGCCCACCGAUGACCAGCAUUUCUAUGAAGCCUUUCCUUACUUUGUCUGGCUGUUGAGAGAUGUGGUGCUUGAUCUUCCUACAGGAUGCAAGACGAUCAAAGAUUACUUUAUAAAAAAUGUUCUCAACUGCGAAGCUGAAGGGAACACCGAGAAAGCCAGGAAGACCGCUGAGAGCAUUUUGAAGUAUUUCUCUGGAUUUGAUGCCUUUUCACUUCCUCCUCCAGCUUAUGAUCCAAAGGUUGUAAGAAAUCUCAACGACGAGAAAGUCAAGUCUCAAGUAAACCCAGAAUUCCUGAAGCAAACCGAAGACUUCAAAGCUGUCCUUCACUCGAAGCUGUCACCCAAGAAGUCGAUCAACAAAGGAGAGUUCGUCACUGGCGAAGCGUUGGCAGCUCUGAUCCAACUGUUCGUAGAGGCACUCAACACCCCUGGUGCUGUACCCAACGUACAAAACGCCUGGGACACAUUUGUACAAACCAAAUGCAGCGAGGUCUUAGCUGAUGCUGUGAAGGCAUAUGAACAGGAAAUGACGUCACUCGUGGAAAAGAAAAUUCCUUGUGAAKCCGAUUUGUUACGAUCUGCGCAUGACGACGCCAUGCAAAAGUGCCUUGAAAUGUUCCGCAACGAGACCUUCUCAUUUUCGAUCAAAAGUGUCGACAAGUACUUGAAGGAACUGACGGAUAAAACAGACUCCAUCCUGACAUCAUGGCUCGACAAAAACAGAAGAGAAACCGAAACGUUUUGCACUAAGCUUAUCAAAGAACUCAAGCGAACCAUCCUUGACCCAGUCCUUGCUCGCCUUCGUAGUCAAGAAGGAUCCAAGAUGCAGUUCGGUGACAUUGUCGCUGCUUACAAUGAAAUCCAGCAAAAGUAUUCCAGAAAGCUCGUAUCGAGGAAGAGAAGAAAAACAAAGAAAGAGAGAUGGAGGUCCUUCGUCAAAAGCAACAAGAARAGAAAGCCAGAUUGCAAGAGCUGACAAACAUGAUGGAGGCAAACUGUGAAGAGCAAAGAAAAGACAGAGAAGCUGCCUUGGCUCGUCAGAACACCAUGGAAGACRUGAUYGAYAUGAUGAAAUCRUCACUAGAGAGUAGAGAUAGADAGAUACAACUUCAGCGAGAACAAAUGGAYAACCUGAUUGCUACACUCCAAAGACCAAAAAGCCCCGACAAUGGCUGCCUUAUUCUCUGACUUGGACAACAAGCCAAGUCAAACCUCACAAGAAACAGAAGCUUUAGUUUCAGAUGAUUCCUUAAUAGUCAUGUGUGACUUUAGAUGUUUAAUUCUCAUUUUAUUUGGGUUUUGAAAUGCAAUUAAGAAAUAAUAACACAAUUUAAUGAAUCCUGAGGAUCCUGAACGGUUAAAAUUAAAUAUAGUUAUAGUCGAUUUAGUAUUACUGGAAAAUGGUGAUAGGCGAAUGUACAGUUCGGUACAAAUGAGUGUUUUAAGUCCCCUGAGGAUGACCAAUUUACAAAAUGCUUUAUCACAUUUGAUAGUGAGCCAGCAUUAUUGAGUUCACGACUAGACGUACAUUUAGGUUCGAACACUUGCUCAUCAAUUACAGUGAUUUGGUUUCAUGUACGACAAUUAUAAAAAUUCCACUUCUGCGCAACGUAAUCUAUAUACUGCAGUAGAUUUAAACACAAGCUAUCAAAUACCAAAAAUACAUUAAAUAAAACACUGCAAAAGUAAUGCACA